AUGUCUGUUAUUCAAUACGAUGAAUCGUUUGCUCAGUAUUUUCAACCGGAGCUUCCAGAACACUUAAAACCUUUAUAUAUAUAUGGGAAUUGUAAUGGGUUAGUGUGCUUGUGUGACAGCCCAGUAAUUGCAUCCCGCAACAUAUUUUUAUGGAAUCCAGCACUUAGAAUAUUGAAAACCCUACCAAAACCUCAAAUAGUUGAAUUUGGUCUCCCUUUGGCUUCUCAUAGUAGCUCUGUGGCCAUGGGCUUCGACUACCGUGAUAAUGUCUACAAGGUAGUGAUGAUUGUGAGCCCCCGUCCAGACAUGGAUAAUCCCUACGAUAAUAGUUCGUUCCUAGUUGAGGUUUAUAGUCUAAGCACGGAUUCUUGGAGAAGAAUUGAUGUUGCUGCCCCUUCUUAUUGUAUUCAUGGUUGCCCACCUGAAUUCAUGAGAGGAGUUGCCUAUUGGACUGCAUAUAGGAAAACUAAAUGGAAUUAUGUUUAUACCAUUUUGCAAUUCGAAAUGGCUGAUGAAGUUUUUAAAGAGUUAUUGUUGCCAAAUGGUGUUCAGCAUUGA